CCCACAAAGUGCCCGGCAGGUGCGGCGGCCGGGCGGAGUUGGCCGGGCGCGGCAGCGGCAUGCAGACCUGUGCCCGCUGGUGGGGGCGGCUCGUGGGCCGGGGGGCCGCUCUGCACCUGCCCCCGGGCGGCGCCCUGGCGGGGAAGAAGCCCCCGGGCAGAUGGGGAUGGCGGGGGCAGCAGAGCGCGGCGGCGGCGGGGGGCAGCGCCCCCAACACCAGCGCCGCCGCCUCGCCGUCCUCCCGGUUCAUCGAGCAGCUCCUGCCCCGGCACGAUGACUUCUCCGAGCGGCAUAUCGGGCCCCGGGACAAAGAGAAGCGGGAAAUGCUGCAAACUGUGGGUCUGGCGAGUAUCGAUGAGCUGAUGGAUAAAACCGUUCCUGCCAGCAUCCGCCUGAGACGGCCCCUGAAGAUGGAUGACCAAAUUUGUGAAAAUGAAAUCCUUGAAACUCUACACAAUAUUGCAAACAAGAACAAAAUCUGGAGGUCCUACAUUGGCAUGGGUUAUUACAACUGCUCAGUACCUCAGGCCAUUGUGCGGAAUUUGUUGGAGAAUGCAGGAUGGGUUACCCAGUAUACCCCUUACCAACCUGAGGUUUCCCAGGGUAGACUGGAGAGCCUGUUAAAUUACCAGACUAUGGUGUGUGAUAUCACAGGAAUGGAUGUGGCCAAUGCAUCUUUACUGGAUGAGGGGACUGCUGCAGCAGAGGCUAUGCAACUGUGUCACAGGCACAACAAGAGGAGAAAGUUCUAUGUUGAUGUCCGAUGCCACCCUCAAACGAUAGCAGUAAUCCAAACUAGAGCAAAUUACAGUGGUGUUGUCAUUGAGCUGAAAUUGCCCCAUGAGAUGGAUUUCAGUGGUAAAGAUGUCAGUGGAGUGCUAUUUCAGUACCCAGAUACCGAGGGGAAGGUGGAAGACUUCACUGAACUAGUUGAAAGAGCCCACCAAAAUGGGACUCUUGUCUGCUGUGCUACUGACCUCUUGGCUCUGUGUAUUUUGAGGCCUCCAGGAGAGUUUGGGGUGGAUGUUGCUCUGGGUAGCUCCCAGAGGUUUGGGGUACCACUCUGUUAUGGGGGACCACAUGCUGCCUUCUUUGCUGUCAAAGAAAACCUGGUGAGAAUGAUGCCUGGGAGAAUGGUUGGAGUUACAAGAGAUGCAAAUGGAAAGGAAGUAUAUCGGCUUGCAUUGCAAACUCGAGAGCAGCAUAUUAGAAGGGACAAGGCGACCAGCAACAUCUGUACAGCACAGGCUCUUCUGGCUAACAUGGCUGCCAUGUAUGGAGUCUAUCAUGGUUCGAAUGGAUUAAAGCACAUUGCAAGAAGGGUGCAUAAUGCCACUCUAAUCUUAGCUGAAGGUCUUAAGCGAGCAGGUCACACAUUGCAGCAUGACCUGUUCUUUGAUACCUUGAAGAUCCAGUGUGGAUGUGCAGUCAAGGAGGUCUUUGACAGGGCAGGUCAGCGGCACAUAAACUUUCGGAUUUAUAGUGAUGGCACAAUUGGAGUGUCACUUGAUGAAACUGUAACUGAGAGAGACCUGGAUGACUUGUUUUGGAUUUUUGGGUGUGAAUCUUCAUCUGAAUUGGUUGCUGAGAGUAUGGGAGAAGAAACGAGGGGCAUUCUGAGUACUGCAUUUAAGAGGACUUCCAAAUUCUUGACACAUCAAGUAUUCAACAGCUAUCACUCUGAAACUAAUAUUGUCCGAUAUAUGAAAAGAUUAGAAAACAAAGAUAUUUCGCUUGUUCACAGCAUGAUUCCUUUGGGAUCCUGCACAAUGAAGCUUAAUAGUUCAUCUGAACUUACACCUAUCACAUGGAAAGAAUUUGCUAAUAUCCAUCCCUUUGUGCCUCUAGACCAGGCUCAAGGGUACCAGCAACUUUUCAGGGAGCUCGAGAGGGAUCUGUGUGAGAUCACAGGCUAUGACAAAAUCUCCUUCCAACCAAACAGUGGGGCCCAGGGUGAAUAUGCUGGAUUGACUACAAUCAAAGCUUACUUAAAUGCAAAAGGAGAACGUCAUAGAAAUGUUUGUCUUAUUCCUAAAUCUGCUCAUGGUACCAACCCAGCAAGUGCCCAUAUGGCAGGGAUGAAGAUUCAGCCAGUCGAGGUGGAUAAAAAUGGAAACAUUGAUAUUGCCCAUCUAAAGGCAAUGGUGGAUAAGCACAAAGAUAACUUGGCAGCCAUCAUGAUCACAUACCCAUCCACCAAUGGUGUGUUUGAAGAGGAUAUCAGUGAUGUGUGUGACCUGAUUCACAAACAUGGAGGCCAGGUUUACCUAGAUGGUGCAAACAUGAAUGCCCAGGUGGGUCUGUGUCGCCCUGGAGACUAUGGCUCUGAUGUCUCUCAUUUAAACCUUCACAAAACCUUCUGCAUUCCCCAUGGAGGAGGAGGACCUGGAAUGGGGCCAAUUGGAGUGAAGAAUCAUCUGGUGCCCUAUCUGCCUACCCAUCCUGUCGUUGCGCUACAGCUUGAUAAGGAUCAACAGCUUGAUAAGGAUGCAUGCCCUUUGGGUACAAUUAGUGCUGCCCCUUGGGGCUCCAGUGCUAUAUUGCCUAUUUCCUGGGCCUAUAUCAAGAUGAUGGGUGGAAAGGGUCUUAAACACGCUUCCGAGAUUGCUAUAUUAAAUGCUAACUACAUGGCAAAAAGACUAGAGAAACACUACAAAGUCCUUUUCAGAGGGGCAAGAGGUUAUGUAGCUCAUGAAUUUAUUUUGGACGCCAGACCCUUCAAGAAAACAGCAAAUGUUGAAGCUGUGGAUGUUGCAAAGAGGCUUCAGGACUAUGGCUUCCAUGCUCCAACAAUGUCCUGGCCAGUGGCAGGGACCCUUAUGGUUGAACCAACAGAAUCUGAAGACAAAGCAGAGCUGGACAGAUUUUGUGAUGCAAUGAUCAACAUUCGUCAAGAAAUUGCUGAAAUAGAGGAAGGCAGAAUGGACUCCAGGGUUAACCCAUUAAAGAUGUCGCCACACACUCUGACUUGCAUUACGUCCCCUAACUGGGAUCGUCCUUAUUCCAGAGAGGUAGCAGCUUUCCCACUACCAUUUGUGAAGCCUGAAAGCAAAUUUUGGCCCACAAUUGCUCGAAUCGAUGACAUCUAUGGAGAUCAGCAUCUGGUUUGUACCUGCCCACCAAUGGAAGUCUAUGAAUCUCCCUUUUCUGAACAGAAGAGAGCAUCCUCCUAGGUCUUACCACUUUAUUUCCAGGUGGCUGGAUUCAUGCCUUACCACUGCAUUUCAGUUCGCCAUGACGGCGUUUUUUCCCUGCACCCGAUAAGGGGAUAUUUAUACUAUGUAUAUUUUUGUAAUCUCCAUACUGUUAAUUGAACUGCUGCUCAGUUAAAAUGUAAAUACAAUCACUAUAGUAGGUGGAAGCAAACUGAGUUGAUUCAGUACCUCAGUAUCGAAAGCAGUUAAUGUUACAGUUGCCUUGAUUCAGCACCUUUUGUCUUCUGUUCAGAGCGAUGACCUCCUCUUUGUGCGCUAAGGACUUUAAAUAAUAACAUAGAAUUUUUCAAGGUUGUAAGGAAAGCUGAAUAAUUUUUAUUCCAGGUAUUUCAUAUGACAGUAACCAUUAAAUAUUAACUGCUACAGUAAUUGUUUACAUUUUGUAUAAGCACAGGAAGUAGAUUGUUGUUAAUGUACCUAAUCUGUUACCACUGACUGUGGUGGAGGUAAUUGUUUAAUAAUAAACUGUGGUAUUUUUGUUUUUUUACCUGUCAAUGCUUAUAUUCCAAUAAAGUCCACUAGAGUUUGAA